UGGAACGAAUACGGGGAAAGGCAUAGAGGGUUCUGUUCCGAUUAGGUAUCCGAAUUUUGAUUUUCUAAUCGGAACAUUCAUAUAAUCAAAUCUGUAACCUUAGCCAUUAACGUUUGCAAUGGUCUGCGAAAAGUGUGAGAAGAAAUUAUCGAAGGUGAUAGUACCGGACAAGUGGAAAGAAGGGGCCAGCAAUACUACUGAGGGUGGUGGUCGUAAGAUUAACGAGAACAAGCUCCUCUCCAAGAAGAACAGAUGGACCCCUUACGGAAACACUAAGUGCAUGAUUUGCAAGCAGCAAGUGCACCAGGAUGGCAAGUACUGUCACACCUGUGCUUACACUAAAGGAGUUUGUGCAAUGUGUGGCAAGCAAGUUCUUGACACCAAGUUUUACAAACAAAGCAAUGUGUAGUGGAUACUGGGCCUCUGCUGUAUGCUGCAUCUUCUUUUAGGUUAAUACCUUUCUUAAUAUAAAGAUGGCAAACUUUGAUGAUUAGGAGCUCAAUUUUAUGUGCUACUCUUCACAGAGGCGGUUCAUUGAUCGUUUAUCAAGAAUUAAACACUUAUUUUCUUUCAUUAGAAGGUUUGAUGAUAUACAACUAAAGAAUUAGAUUUAAUAACGUUUUACGUGAAUAUUUUGUACGUCAUAACAGUAGUCGAGAUUUGCUUAGAAGGUUGGAGAUAUGGGCCCAAAAUUGGAUUAGGACUGGCUGUUUACUUGUAUGCUGGGUGCAUGCUAGAAGAAAUGGGCUCACAAAUCACCAAUGUAGAGACUAUCUACAUCGUAGAUGGAGAACGUGGGUGAGAUUCUGCAUCAUGUUAGGACA